CAAAUAGUUCAAGGGCCCCUUUCUCUCCAUUUUUUAUGAAUAUUUUGCUCGAGCCUUUUUUCAAUCCCUGUAAACUGCCCUUUUUUCAAUUUGGUAGAUACCGCAACGGAACGCCGAGAGGAAAAAUUCUUUUCUUAAAAAGAAACAAAGAGAGAAGCUAAACCAUAAUUUAUCAUUCGGAUUUAGUUUUGAUUCCCUUUUUCAGUCCUACAAUCGCCUGUAGAGGUCGCAAUCACAACAAGGUUAGCCUAUUUUUAUCCAACAUCAAGUCUCUGUUGUAUUUGCUUCUUCGUUUGUGUAUUCAUCAAGUUUGAAUAGUUUGGUUGAUUAGAAAAUGUGGUUGCGUGGAAAGUAAUAGGUUUGUGCCUUAAUAUGGCAAACUCCAAAGGAUCAUUGAGAACCGGAAACAUAUUGUGCAGUGGGAAGAAUUCAUUACUCCCCCCUAAAAGUCCAUAUCUUUCCAUACCUCCAUCCUAUAUUGAAUUUAUCCCGACAUUUCUAAAAAAAGGUACACCUAAACCAAGAGAAGGAAAUCCACACCACCAGCGUACUUCGUCUGAAAGUUUUUUAAUGGAUGAACAACCAUCAUGGCUUGAUGACCUCCUUAAUGAACCGGACAGCCCUGUAGAUAAAGGAGGCCACCGACGUUCGUCUAGUGACUCGUUUGCUUCCUUUGCGAACUCCGGUUACUUAGUUCAAGGUCAUGACAAGCUCAGAAACAACAUGUUUAAUGUCCCUACAUUGAGUACAGAACCUGAUUUGCAUCGAGAUGUAUAUGGUUCAAGCAUACUCGUGACUAGGGCAAGAGACAUAGCUCCGAAUAAAAUUGGCCAUCUCAGUGGUAUUCCCUCACCUAGAGAAAACAUUGGUCUUCAAAAAUCAGAAUCUUCAUAUCCACCACAAAACGGAGAGAGGGCACAAUCUCCUGGAAUUGUGAACCGGGAUGUUCUUGAAUCUCGUCCAGAUGAUAUGCAAAACUCUUCGGAAAAGGAUUCUUCUAAUGCAAAGAUAUAUGAUUCGGAAACAGACACAAAACGUGUAAAACAGCAGUUCGCUCAACGCUCCAGAGUCCGAAAGCUGCAAUACAUAGCUGAGUUGGAAAGAAUCGUCCACUCUCUACAGGCCGAAGGUUCUGAAGCUUUUGCUCAGCUUGAAUUCAUGAACCAGCAAAAUCUCAUCUUGAGCAUGGAGAACAAAGCUUUGAAGCAGCGGUUAGAAAGCUUAGCUCAAGAACAGCUUAUAAAGUAUUUGGAGCAUGAGGUACUAGAGAGAGAGAGGGGACGAUUGAGGGCUUUAUGUCAGCAACAACAUCAAGCACCUCCUCAACUGAAAAGGAGACCAUAUUCUAGCCAUCUGCUUUCCAAAAGUGUGGAUUUUGGAUGUCUCCAUGGUUGAGCGGAGCUCUUGCAAGUUGCAAAACCUCAUUGCCUUGGCCGUGUUUGGCUGCAGUGCAUCAUCUGCUCGUAGUUUCAAUUGUAUAUUCUUCUUCUCUCUUUUCUUUUUAAAUGUUCUUUAUUAAGAAGGUUAGUGAAUAUGAUGUUUUUGCUUCAAGGCAUCAUCCUCCAACUUCUUGUAUCUUGAAGGCAUUAUUUAGUUCCGGCAAUUUCCUUAUUCCUUUUAUUAUGAAUGAAUGCCAUUUUAUAGAUUCCUGAGUUGUUCAGUGCCA